GGUCCCGUCUACUUGGGGUUUAUAACGACCGAACAGAUCACAAGCAGGCGAUGUCAAGCCUGACCACUCACAUCUGAUAUACCGCUUGCCACCGACAAUGUGUUCAGCCACCACAUAACUGAGAAAGCAGCGUGGUGAACGAUUUGCCCCAUACGGCGACGCCGUGUUGCGGACAGUACUUAGUAUCAAGUUUCCUGGCAAAACACAUCGAUGCCUGAUGAGGUCCUCGAAGCUCCUCACCACUAAAGCUGGCCUAAGAGGGAUUCUCCCUCGACCUGCGCCCACUCCUCCCCCCUUGGAGAUGGAUGCAACAGGGCGGCCAGGCUCGAUAUCCAUACAAGACUCACAGUCUUGCAUUCCCCUCUCACGUUUGCUCAACGAUGGCGACAUCAUCCUGCUUCUGACGCCUGCAGUCAUACCGGAGGUGAGCCCCUUGAAUCGCGAUCCCAACCACCCGUCCAGCGACCCCUUCGAGCCUCUCGGGAAAGCUCUGGCAAGGUAUCACCCAUGGGUCCGUCAUGUCCCGUACAUGCCGCGGAAUGGAAUCACCGGCACUCACGUCGUACAUAUCAGACUCGCCGCCGCUGUGGUGUUUGUCGUCUCGGGUCCUCCUCGUCACGGACAGCCCUCACAGAUGGCCUUAGCUGAGAUCACGCGACAGCUAUGCGACCAUCGACCCCAGAUCAUUCUGACCUGCUGCGACAUGCAAGAACUGGGACCGCUCGAGAAGUCUUUUUCGACGGUCGCGCAUGUGCCUAGCCUCUUCCCCUCAGACCUGGAGAAAACAGCCGAUCUACUGUUUGGGAAGUCCCGGAAUCCAAGCCCCGCGGGACUGAACCUACAGAGCGCCAUGUUAGCCCCAAGAGUCUGGCCUGUAGAAAUAUGGGAUGCGAAUCGUGACGUACCCGAGAUCCUUGACCUGUGGUGCCAGUGCUUCCCGGCCGCAUUCCGCCUCAGCCGGUACCAGCUCGGAUCGUUGCUCCGCCGCGACGGGUAUGCCAUGCACUACGUCGUCCGGGAGCCCGGAAGCUCACGGGUUCUGGGGUUCUGUGCCACUUACACCACCUAUGCCGACAGCGGCGGGGAGCAUCUGCUCGGCUCUCUGGCGGUUCUCCUCGUGCGACCAUCCUACCGACAAAGGGGCAUUGGAAUGAGCUUGCACGACUAUGCGCUGCGCCAACUUACCAAGACGCGCGGGGUCUUCCGUCUACAGCUUGGGAGCACUUUUCCUCGGCUGUUCUACGGGCUGCCGAUCGGCUCGCCUUCGGAGGACUGGUUUCGACGGAGACGGUGGCCAAUACAGCCUUUCUCGGCGGCUCCUGGCUCGGGGCAGGAAGUCUCGGACUGGUUUCUCAAGUUCAAGGACUGGCCGGCAACAAGCCUUAUGCCGUCGGGGCUCACCUUCCGGCCCUGCGAUUUCCGCGACUUCGACAUGAUGCUGGAUUUCGUCGGGAGGGUGUCGAAGAAAGACGGCACGCUGGGAUGGUACGACCAGUACGCCAAGCUGGCCGGCACGAUGAACAUCCGGGAUGUCAUCGUCGGGUUUGAAGGAGGCAAUAUCAUCGCGGCAGCCUUGACGUACUCCAAAGGCACCGGAAGCCCGGCGGCAGAAGAUCUCCCCUGGGCCAACACCAUCGGCGACGAUGUCGGGGGUGUCACAUGCAUCGCCAUGAGGGACCAGAUGGUGCAACCAAGCGAGAUGCCAUAAUGAUUAGGCUGCUUGACAGCUGCAUCCGCCUUCUUGCAGAUCAAGGGAUGAAUUCGCUCCUCAUUGACGCCAUCAAAGGCGGGGUCGAGGGGUUCCAAUCCAUGGGCUUCCAGAAGUGGGCUACGUACAGAGACGUCUGGCGAGAUGUCUAGAGAAAGGCGUUCCGGUGUCCGUGGCGCAAAGCGAGGGCAAACGGGGAACACAGGUUCAAAGUUCUCAAAGUUCAUCCGACAGAUUAUGCGGCGUGGACGGCCGGUUCAACCUGGGCUUUCAAAGCAGUCUCCGG